AUGAAGCCCCCUUCAGAGCUGGAGGAGGCCCGGCGGCCGGCCUCAGACAUCCGUGUGUUUGCCAGCAGCUGCACGCUGCACGGGCUAGGACAUGUCUUUGGCCCUGGGGACCUGACCCUGCGCCGUGGGCUGUGGGCCACCGCGGUGCUCCUGUCGCUGGCAGCCUUCCUGUACCAAGUGGCCGAGAGGGUGCGCUACUACGGGGAGUUCCACCAUCAGACCACCCUGGAUGAGCGUGAGAGCCACCAGCUUACCUUCCCAGCCGUGACCCUGUGCAACAUCAACCCGCUGCGCCGCUCUCGCCUCACGCCCAAUGACCUGCACUGGGCUGGGACAGCGCUGCUGGGCCUGGACCCCGCUGAACAUAGUGCCUACCUGAGGGCACUGGGUCAGCCCCCUGCACCGCCAGGCUUCAUGCCCAGUCCCACCUUUGACAUGGCACAGCUCUAUGCCCGCGCUGGUCACUCCCUUGAGGACAUGCUUCUGGACUGCCGCUACCGUGGUCAGCCAUGUGGCCCUGAAAACUUCACUGUGAUCUUCACUCGGAUGGGGCAGUGCUACACAUUCAACUCGGGUGCCCAUGGGGCAGAGCUGCUCACCACUCCCAAAGGUGGUGCUGGCAACGGGCUGGAGGUCAUGCUGGACGUGCAGCAGGAGGAGUACCUGCCUGUGUGGAGGGACAUGGAAGAGACCCCAUUUGAAGUGGGGAUUCGAGUGCAGAUCCAUAGCCAGGAGGAGCCUCCUGCCAUCGACCAGCUGGGCUUUGGGGCAGCACCGGGCCACCAGACUUUUGUGUCCUGCCAGCAACAGCAACUGAGCUUCCUGCCACCGCCCUGGGGUGACUGCAAUACUGUAUCCUUGGACCCCGACUUUGAUCCGGAGCCUUCUGAUCCCUUGAGUUCCCCCAGCCCCAACCCAAGCCCUCCUUAUAGCUUAAUAGGGUGUCGUCUGGUGUGUGAGACCCGCUACGUGGCUAGGAAGUGCGGCUGUCGAAUGAUGUAUAUGCCUGGUAGUGCCUCCGUGUGCAGCCCGCAGCAGUACAAGGACUGCGCCAGCCCCGCCCUGGACGUCAUGCUGCGGAAGGACGCGUGUGCCUGCCCCAACCCAUGCGCCACGACGCGCUAUUCCAAGGAGCUCUCCAUGGUGCGGAUCCCCAGCCGCGCCUCCGCCCGCUACUUGGCCCGGAAAUAUAACCGCAGCGAGGCCUACAUCGCGGAGAACGUACUGGUCCUGGAUAUCUUCUUUGAGGCCCUCAACUACGAAACCGUGGAACAGCAGAAGGCCUAUGAAGUGUCAGAGUUGUUGGGUGACAUUGGGGGCCAGAUGGGACUGUUCAUUGGUGCCAGCCUGCUCACCAUCCUAGAGAUCCUCGAUUACCUCUGUGAGGUGUUCCAAGACAGAGUCCUGGGGUACUUCUGGAAGCGAAACCGUUCCCAAAGACAGUCCAGCAGCAAUUUGUUUCAAGAAGGGCUGGACACCCAUGGAGCCCACAUCCCCCAUCUCAGCCUGGGUGCUCUGCCAGUUCUGUGGCUUGUCUCACCAGGCCUCCCACUCCUCCCUGUGCUGUCACCAAGACACUCUCUGCCUCCCACCGCACCUGCUACCUUGUAA